AUGGUUCUAUCGAACAAGAAGCUUAAGCAGAAGCUUAGAGCUGAAUUAACCCUAAACCAAACCAACCCCGAAUCGAAUCCCUCAUCUUCAUCUUCCAACUCUUUCAAACUUCUUCUACACUCUUCCACCAACAAACCCAUUUUGUCUAAGAGAGAGAAACUUCGAAAAAUUCGACCUUUGCAACAAACCCAAACCAAUGAGGAUGAAGCAGCAAAAAAGGAGAAGGAAAUUGGGGUUGAGGGUUUGGGAAAGAAGAACAAUAAGAAGAGGAAGAUAAAGGCAGUGAAACAGAGUGAUGAUGAUGAUAUGGGUGAUGAAGUUGUUGUUAAGAAGGGGAAAGUGAAGGUAGAGAAAAAGAAUGGUGAUGUGGGUGAUGAGGUUGUUGUUAAGAAGGGGAAAGUUAAGGUAGAGAAUCAGAAUGAUGAUGUGGGUGAUGAGGUUGUUGUGAAGUUUAUGAAACAAUCGGUGAAAAAGGAGAAGCAGAAGAAGAAGAAUUUGCUGAAGAAGAAGAGAAAGAAGGCUAAAGCUGCUGAGGAAAAUGGGAAGGUUAAAACUGGUGACGAAAAUGGUGAGGUCACAACUGCUGAGGGAAGUGGUUCUAAUCAUCAAGAGGAAAUGUCGGAGCUUACUACCGAGUUGGCUAAUACCAAUAUCACUACCAGUCAAGAAAACGGUGAUGCUGCUACAAAAGUUUAUGUUGGAGGAAUUCCCUACUAUUCAAGUGAGGAUGAUAUUCAUAGUUAUUUUGAAAGCUGUGGCACCAUUACUGAAAUUAAUUGUAUGACUUUUCCUGACACUGGCAAGUUCCGAGGGAUUGCAAUAAUUGUUUUUAAGACUGAAGCAGCGGCCAAACGAGCAUUGGCUCUUGAUGGAUCUGACAUGGGAGGACUCUUUCUUAAAAUCCAACCAUAUAAAGCAACUCAAACAACCCGUUUUACUCCAGAACUGAAGGAGGGAUAUAAUAGAAUAUAUGUUGGAAGUUUAUCAUGGGAAAUAACAGAAGAAGAACUGAGGAAAUUCUUCUCAAAUUGCAAUAUAAAGUCCAUACGAUUGGGAAAGGACAAGGAAACAGGAGAAUUCCGAGGGUAUGCUCAUGUGGAUUUCAGUGAUAGUAAGUCACUCAAGACAGCACUUGCAUUGGAUCAAAGUGUUUUGUUUGGAAGGCCUGUCCGGAUAAGUUGUGCUGUUCCUUUGAAUAAAAAACCGGGUGCGGGUGAAAAACCAGUCGCAGGCUCGAAACCAAAUGCAGUUGAAAAACCAGUUGCAGGUUUUAAACCAAGUGCAGUUGAAAAAUCAGUUGCAGGUUUUAAACCAAGUGCAGUUGAAAAAUCAGUUGCAGGUUUUAAACCAAGUGCAGUUGAAAAAUUAGUUGCAGGUUCGGGUGAAAAAUCAUUUGCAGUUUCUAAACCAGGUGCGGGUGAAAAGUCAUUUGCGGCUUCUAAACCAGGUGUGGGCGAAAAAUCAUAUGCAGGCUCUAAACCAAGUGCAGGAGAAAAGUCAGUUGCUGGCGACAAAUUUGUUGCAGUUGAGGAACCAACUGUUGAGAAACCAAUUACUGUCGUUGCAAGUGGCAAGAAGAAGAAUAGGAUGUGCUACGGGUGUCGUCAAAAAGGACAUAAUCUCUCAGAAUGUCCAAAUCCACAAAUUGUCACUUCUACUACAAUCUAA